AUGUUGAAGUGGAACGACCCUAGAGCUAUUGACGAGACAAUAGAACAAGUUCGAGCUAAAGUACGUAUACUUACUGGAGGUGGUGGAAAGCGACAAGUUAAAUCUCUGGAACAGAUUUCUAUAGACUUUGAAAAUGAAGACGGAACUCAGUUCAUGACCGACAAGGGAUUUUGGUUCAAUGAAAGAAGAUACGGAACAUUCAAUGGUCAAGUUUUAUUUGAAGAGUUGGAAAGAAUUACACAAUCUAAAGAAGAUAUUGAUAUUGAUGAUACAUUUGUGAUCGCUAUGCAUGUUUUUAACAAAUUUGAAGGAAAAGGUGGACGCUUCAAAAAGUACAUCGGUAGUAGUGAAAAAAUUCAAUGUGAAGCCGCGGACAACAUCCUGAAAAAGGCAAAUCUAUCUACAAUGGGGCAGAGUUUUGGACUAGAUGAUUUGGAAAAAAUUGCCAAAGCUUUUCCUGAAUACAAAUUUGAAGUUUACAUCAGGCCUCCAUAUGACAAACUCUAUCACAUAAUCAAGCAGUUCAACGAUACUGCUGAAAAAAUUAUCACAAUUGCAUUCAAGAAAGAAGAUGAGAUAGGUCACUAUGACUUCAUAAAACCCUCCUUGUUUUAUAUGAAAACAACAUAUUGUCACAAGUGUAAAAAAAAGACGUUAUCGACAGGUCAUUCUCAAGUGUGCUCAGCAAAGUGUGACAAAUCCACAUUAGCAUUUUUAUAG